AUGUGUCCAGGGAUAUUGGGAAUUUUUAACAAAAGUGGAGGACACAAACAGCAAGACUCGAGGAAGCCGACAAGCAGGACUCGAGAGGUAGUUGACCAGCCAACUCGCCAUCCGGCAAGACACAGAGAAGCAGCUAAGAAUUUAUUUGGUCAAUUGCCAGCCAACCAACCAGCCAACCCCUUAAAAUGGAUUUGA